AUGGCGAGCGAGAGCGAGAUGGAUUUGUACGCAGUCCUAACUGUUACAGCAGCACACGUAGCUGCUCAAGCCGCUGCCAUAGCUCCUGCCGCCUCCGCCCCUCUCGCCGCCGCCGCUGCCGCAGCCGCCGCCGUCGCCGCCGCCGCUGCAGACCCGGCCGCCGCCCCCGCGCCCGCGUCCGCCGUCGCCUCCGCCCCCGCCCCCCCCUGCUUACAAAUUGAUGAAAAGGAACGCUUGACCAAAUUCUUCUGGGUAGAUGGACAGUCUAAAAAUGAUUUUGCCUAUCAGACGAGAAAUGGCCUCUUCCAAAAUUUAUACUUGGAGGCCUUAACUCAACUACGUGAGAAGGAACUCAUUGAAGAUUAUGAAUCUAGGCAAACUAAACCUGCUUUAUUGGUUGCAAAUAUACAGAAUAAAGAUGUGUUUGUUGCUAAUGUAGCCUUUCUGAUCUCUUUAUUGCUAAUGUAA